AUGUGGGACGAAGAGUGGAACCACCACCUUUUCACACAUGAGGCUCUCACGAAAGUGCAACCACUCCUCGACAACAUCAUUGCUUUUGACCUUGCCAUGCUACUCCCCCACGGAAUCCUGACCUUGGAAGUCACCACGUCGAAGAACUACACUCGGCCAGACAAUGUGUCUGCUUCCCCAGAUAUAGCGGAAUGCCUCAUCUCAUGUGAUACAGCCCCACAUCUUCACCCGCCUCAUACUGACCACUUCCCCAUCUCCUUUGAGCUCGACAUCUCCACUCGCACCUCCUAG